ACAAUCUACAAGUGUAAACAUUAAAGAUAGUAAAGUGGAAAUUUUACAAUAAAUUAACAGUAUUUAAAUUAUAUAUUACACUUUCUUCUCUUGUGAAUAAGCGUUCUUUACAAUUUAACUUAUUAUCGUAACAAUUGUGUAGACAGUGUAGUUAACGAUAGUACCUAUAUCUGUUUAGUGCAGUGUAAAUAAGAAAAAUAUUUAAAUUUUGAUGAAUUUUUACAUCAAGUUCCUCAAGUAAUAUGAAAUGUUAAGAUCGCUUGUAAAUAAUCUUCCGAACGGGAUAGUAACAUCAUUAACUGCAGCUUAUUUCAAAGUAUCAGCUUUUCGUAAAAACGGUUUCCGUGGUACUCACAGUUCUCCUGUAAUUAUUCAAGAUCAAAACAUGAAGGUAAAAGUGUUACCAGCUCUAUCUGAUAACUACAUGUAUCUCAUUAUCGAUGAGAAAACAAAGGAAGCAGCUAUAGUUGACCCUGUUGAUCCAGACUCUGUUCUUCAAGCAGUGACUGAAGAAGGAGUCAAUCUCACCAAAAUUCUAACUACUCACCAUCACUGGGAUCAUGCUGGUGGUAAUGAAGAUCUUGUGAAAAAAUGUAAAAGAGGGUUGCAAGUUUUUGGCGGAGAUUUAAGAAUUCCAGCUGUGACCAAUCAAGUAAAACACGGAGACAAGUUUACGAUUGGGAAUAUUAAUGUUGAGUGCUUGUUUACUCCAUGUCAUACCAGUGGUCAUAUUUGUUAUUAUUUAACACCACCUGAUAAUUAUCCUGCAGUCUUUACAGGUGAUACUCUUUUCAUAGCAGGCUGUGGUCGUUUUUUCGAAGGCACUGCCGAACAAAUGUACUCAGCAUUGGUUGAGAAAUUGGGGGGUUUACCUGAUAAUACGAGGGUUUAUUGUGGUCAUGAAUAUACCCUUCAAAAUUUGAACUUUGCCAAAACUGUUGAACCAGACAAUGAUAAGAUUCUUGAUAAAAUAAAGUGGGCAACUGAGAAACGUAACAAGGAGGAACCAACUGUUCCUUCCACAAUAGCAGAAGAAAAACAGAUAAAUCCAUUUAUGAGGGUUGUAACAAACUCUGUACAAAAGCACGCAAACUCCAAAGAUCCCAUACUAACCAUGGCGGCCAUACGUAAGGAAAAGGACUCCUUCAAGGGUUAAUGAAUUGUAAAGGUCUUAAAUAAAUACUCGUGAAAUUUAUUAAAUGUGUUAUUUUAUUAUAAAAAUAUGAAAAGGUGAUUGUAAAUGUAUGUACUAUAUGUUUAAUCUUGUUUUAAUAAACUAAAUGGAAGCACA